AGAUGGGGACAAAUUAGCGUAGGCCUACAUGGUGCAAUACUGGACAGCUGUUAUUCGUUUUAUCCGAAACUACAGACGGGAAUAACCAUUUUCUUUCUCCACUGGCUUUAUUUCGGUUUUAUCGCGUGAAGGUGCCCUUUGCCCCUUUAUUUACGGACUGAACUGCGUCAUUCUGCAUGCACUUUUCUUACGGUCUUCAGCUCUCCGCCGUGUUUUCCCCAGCACAAAUUUGCCUUAGAGAUACUUAGUGUUUCUUCAGUUUGCUGCAAGGCGCAUACAAAAGUUGCGUCGUGAUGUUAGAAAGUUGCAGCGGUCUCGCAACUCGCGCGACUGCUAACGUGCAUUAGCUAGCGCGCUCUCGUACUCUAGUCUUUUCGUGCUCUAAAGUACAAACACAGGUUUUAUUCGCUGUUGACAGUCUGUAUAGCCUACGGUGUCGUCGGUUUGAAAUGACAACGAGGGUACACACGGGAGUGACCGUUUCUGUAUCGACCGCAUCCGUCUGAAGCGGCAGUGUUUGUAUGUUCGGUGACACUUUUGACAUUAGCGUAACUGUCAGCUCGUUUUUUUUUUUUUUUUUUCGAUUUCGCGCGGGUUUUAUUCUUCCUUUUAUUAUGUUUUGCAUUCGCACUGCAGAGGGCUAACUUGCACUGGAGGUUUUUGUCGCUGUUGGAGGGGCGUUUACCGUGUUGAAGCUCGCAGAAGCUUUUUGACGGGUAGAUCACGGGCUGUCGGGAGUUUGACAAGCAGCUUGUGCUUAUGUAAUGCUGGCGAUUCCCCGCUUGACCUCAAAAGACGAAUAAACAGCGCGUAUUCAGAGCGCGUCGAAGUUUAUUUCGUGACACGACUCGUAUGCGCAUUUUCGUGAGUUGUUCGUGCGCGUGUCGAAGCUGCAGAGCGUCUUGUAAAAUCUAUUGACCAUGCGGGAAGUUCAACAGAAAACUAUUCCGGACCCCAUCUAAACGCUUAAACAGCUUUGGACUUGUAUAGAAAUGGAUUUUUCGACAUAAAUCUUUUAAAGGUUUGAGAUAUGGAUCGUGGACUAAAACGCAGCAGUAACAAUGCUGAGAAUGUAACUUUUGUGGAUUGUAUUGAGAGAGGCCUUUUUUCUGAUAUUGGUGUCAAUGCGUCCGCUUUAAAUACAUCAAAAGAUUUCUCAAAUGGACAGAGAGGUGGUGACGCUCAAGGAAACCUCUCUAUGGCAGAUCCGUCCUUAAUGGGAUGUAACAUACAAGAACCAGAUGUUAAGGCAUUUAAAUCUUUCAGAAUGCAGCACCAGCAAAAGGUAAAAGAGCCCCUCAACAUUGGGGAGAACUUUUCGCUCUUAGACGAGAGCAUUGCGGACUUAAAUCGUGGUUCUGGCAUCCAGGCCCCUGAUGCUUUUACAAUGAAAAUGGAGUUUUCCCCUAUGGAGAAAGAUAGGGUGGACUUUCAACCCUACGGCUAUCCUAAUAAGGAAAUGGAUGGUAAUGAGAGAGUGACUGGAGACAACACCAUUGACAUCCUAAACGAUCUGGACUUACCUGACUCCCUAUCUGACAUGAAUGAGUUCUACGUUGCUAAUGAGGCUGCCUUUCUGUCCUCAUUGGCAGUGGAUGAUGCCUUGCUGGGAGAGAGCCACUUGCUAAAAGAUACCAGGCCUGUUGUCACUGGCAACAGUGCAGCCUGUGCAAAUGUGAACGGCACGGGGAAACGGCAGCAGAUGGUGGAAGCCAGUGUCAACAUGCCGGACAUAAAGACAGAGAAAGACCCAGACUUUAUCCAGCUGUGUACGCCGGGUGUCAUCAAACAGGAGAAUGAGAGGCGGAGCUACUGUCAGAUGUCAGGGAUGGGUGGGCCUCACGGUGGGCCCACCGCUUUGGGAGAUAUGGGCGGACAGGGAUACCACUACGGAGCCAACACUGCCUCAGCUGUGAGUUUACCAGAUCAGAAACCUCUUUUUGGCCUGUUUCCUCCCCUGCCUGCCUUAAGUGAUGGCUGGGCUCGAGGAAAUGGAUAUGGAGAUCCGUCUGGGAUGCAGCGAGCCAAUGAGACAGUACUUCCGUCCACAUAUCCGUACAGCAGCUCUUUGGCCAGGCCUGAAGUGAGCAGCUCCAGUCCAUCAGGAUCAGUCAAGCCCGGUGGAAACACUCAUAAGAUCUGCCUGGUAUGCUCCGAUGAGGCCUCUGGAUGUCAUUAUGGGGUGCUCACCUGUGGCAGCUGCAAGGUUUUCUUCAAAAGAGCCGUGGAGGGAUGGAGAGCACGACAAAACACAGAUGGGCAGCACAACUAUCUCUGCGCAGGAAGGAACGAUUGCAUCAUCGACAAGAUAAGAAGAAAAAACUGCCCGGCAUGCCGCUUUCGCAAGUGUCUUCAGGCCGGCAUGAACUUGGAAGCUCGGAAAAAGAAGAAACAGUUGCGAUUACAGGGUCAUUCAUCCUCAAGUGAGCAGGCCCCAGCUCUGCCUGAUGAGCGCAUGUGUUCGCUGGUGCCCAAAGCCAUGCCCCAGCUGGUGCCCACCAUGCUGUCCCUGCUCAAAGCCAUUGAGCCUGAGAUCAUUUACGCGGGCUAUGACAGCACCAUCCCAGACACCUCCACCCGCCUCAUGACGACACUUAACCGCCUGGGAGGCCGCCAGGUCGUCUCUGCCGUCAAGUGGGCCAAAGCUCUUCCUGGCUUCAGAAACCUGCACCUGGAUGACCAGAUGACGCUCCUGCAGUGCUCCUGGCUCUUCCUAAUGUCUUUCGGCUUGGGCUGGAGAUCCUACCAGCAGUGUAACGGGGGCAUGCUGUGUUUUGCUCCAGACCUCGUCAUCAAUGAGGAGAGGAUGAAACUACCCUACAUGAGUGACCAGUGUAACCAGAUGCUGAAGAUCGCCAAUGAGCUGGUCAGGCUGCAGGUGUCCUACGACGAGUAUCUCUGCAUGAAAGUGCUCCUGCUCCUCAGCACAGUACCAAAGGACGGCCUUAAAAGCCAAGCUGUGUUUGAUGAAAUCCGCAUGUCGUACAUCAAGGAGCUGGGCAAAGCCAUUGUUAAACGAGAGGAGAACUCCAGCCAGAACUGGCAGAGGUUCUACCAGCUCACUAAGCUUUUGGACUCAAUGCAGGAGAUGGUGGAGGAGCUUCUCAACUUCUGUUUCUACACAUUUGUGAAUAAAUCUCUGAGCGUGGAGUUUCCUGAGAUGUUGGCGGAGAUCAUCAGCCAUCAGCUACCAAAAUUUAAAGAUGGGAGUGUCAAGCCUCUUCUGUUCCAUCAGAAAUGACUGCCUUAGAUCAUAACAAUGCCUUAACGCCACCCUUUUCUUACCUUACGGAAUGUGACUGAGAUUUGAGAACAUUUUUUAAUGAUAAUUUCCCAUUUUUUUUGCAUGUACACUGCUGAAAUGUUUACAAAGGUAUAUCAAAAAAGGAAAAUGUGCCUUUUUUGCGCUUUGCGAAUCAGUUUUGAACAUUUCUCAGGCUAACACAAUGACCUGGCAUAGAAAAUUUAUGUCGAUGAUUCACAUUCAUCAUGUCUGUUUCUGCCCUUGUCUGAACCUGCCGUGAUGGUUCACUGUAGGUGGCAGCUCAGUGCUCCCCAGAGGAAUUUUUGGAUGCCGCUGAUGAAGCAUAAGACCAUAUAAUGUAUUUUUAAAGUCUCAUUGAAUCUCCAAAUCGUAAAACAAUUUUGCAUGAAAAUUCCACAAUAUAAUUCAAUUCAAAUCAAGAUCUGUUCCAUGACUGACAGCAAAUACUACACUACACGUGAUGCUAAGUCAUGAAAUCAGUGAAUGAGUUCAGGGUUCAUUUGUCAGAUUUCCAUCCAGUCUGGUCCCAUUGAGAUUAGUGUAUCCCAGCAUUCCCCUCCUGUCGACUGUCGUGUGUUCAUGUCAUUUGGUGAAUGUUUGUGCGUGUUAAAAGUUGCACAUCCACCAGCAUCUCAGACUUUUUUAUUUUCUGUCAUCCCGUUUUUAAUUGAAUGUUUUUGGAAUUCUCUCUGCAUAAUCUAAAUCUGGUAACCCAUAUGAGGGCCACAAGUUUUGACCCACUUUUCUUGUCUGUGUCUUUGAUGUGUCCCUGUGGUGCCAAGCCACAAACGCACUCUUUUGUGGUAACUUCAGAACAAAAGGAACAUUUGUGGUUCUCGUGCUCGGACAUGUGUUUGCUCAUUGUUACGUGUCAACUGACAUUGGUGUCUGCGCUUCAGGGUUUUUGCACCAUUUAUGCUUGAUUACCAUCUUAGAAGAAAUAAUUCAUCCAAAAAUGAAAAUUCUGUCAUUUUUAUCACGUUGUUCCAAACUUAUAUGUAGUGUUUUUUUUCUGUCUGAAAACUGCUUCAUGAAGAUUCUUCACAAUUUCAUCUUUUGUGUUCCAAGAGAUAGGUAAAAAAAAAAAAAAAAAAAAAGGCAACCAGGUUUGGAAUAACACACAGGUGAGUAAAUAUUGACAGAAUUUUCAUUUAUAUAAUACUCCUUCUAUAAUAUUCUUUUUGUUUGUUUGUUUUUGCACCUGAGUAUCCUGCAUAUUUCUGGAAUUUCUAGUGUUUGUGUACAUAAAACAAUUGAACAUUCAAAUAUUGACCUAACAAAACUAUUUUUAAACAAUAUACAACUAUGUUCAUUUGACUCAAUUUGCAAUUAAUUUUGCCAUGCACAGUAUCAAACAACUCAUGGCGAUCAGAGGGUAAAAGGUUCAUUUCCAGCAGUGCAGCCCUUUUUUGCCAGCAUGUGAGAGAAUCUGCAGUGUGUCACUGGACUCGUGCUUUUGGAGUGUUACAGGGACACUGUUUGUUUAAUGCUCAUUUCCAACGGCUGAUGUCAAAUUGAAAUGUCACAGUGCAUAUCUCAGGCUUCCCCAAAUAUUUUAGCGUAUUUUAAGAGACUAUUUUUUACAGAUCCCUCGCUAGGUUUGUGAGUUUUCUAUUUGUUUCACAGCAGGCCUUGCAAAGGGAGUUUUUGAGCCAUAAAACAUAGGUUGUAUAAAUUCUGAAGUAUGCUGAAAUGUCUAAAAUCCUUUUUAAAAGCAACUUAAACUAAAAUAUAAUUACACAGAUUAUCUUUGAUAUAUAUCAUUUUACAAGGAAAUAAUUUUAAUACAUAAAGUUGUAUUGCUAUCUUUUUUUUGUCAAGAUUAUCUGUAUUGCAGAUGCACUUUUGAAAAAAAAAAGUGUCAUGUUGUAUGUACAGUAAAUGUAAAUUCUAUAAAUCUAUAGGGAAUCUAUGAGUAAUUACUGUUUUACAGAAUGACAGCUUCAAGUUAUGUCAGAGAUGCAAGUGUAUUUUGUAUAGUGCAACAGAGUGACCAAAGCAAUGCAGAUUUAAACAAAAAAAAACAAAUAAAAUAAAAAUCAAUAUUUAAAGCAGUUACAUUUUACAGUAGCACUUACUACCCAAUUCUAGGCUCUUUUUACAUUAUUUUAUCCUUUUAUAUUUCUUUUAUAAAGAUUUAGGCUUUGAUCUCAUGUAUAAUGGUGUAAAAUUAACUAGUAAAAACAUAAAUAAAGCUGUGUGUAAAAGUAAUGUAUCAAAGCCUGAGAAUUAGCACUACCCUAAUACUGGCCUGACAUAGUAUAUUUUGUACAAAAAUUCAUGCAGAUACUAUCUUUAAAGAUUAAGGGCAAAUUAUACUUCACUGGUAUAUGGCUUUCAUUAAAGUCUGUUUUGUUUUGUUUGCAUUUCAGUUAUAUGUAAAAUAAUCCAAUGUAAAUGAAAUACGAUGUCUGUUUGUUUGAAACAAUAGUUUUGUAUGACUUCUGUAUUACACCUCUCCUGUAGUCACUGUCGAUCUUUACACAUAUUUGAUUAAAUGUUGGACAACAUUUGUUCAGAA